GGAGGACAUAAACAUACCUCUAGGUGGUCGGAUCCCGAAGUCUAUGGACUGCAGCUGUGUAAGUAAGGGAGAUGCGAGGUGGCACCUGGAAACGUCUCCCUCCCUCCCUCCAUCCCUCCCCUUAAAAGAAACCUCUCCCUCUCUCUCCGGUGCCCACUCACCAAAACCCGGCUUCUCUUCUCCCCCGAUUUGAUUCCAGUUCGAGUCGGCCGGCGAAGCGACGGGCACAAUUCAGACGCCAUACAAUUGUAGGAAAAAAAGAAGUCUUUUCAGGGUUUCAUUCUCGCUCCAUGUCUGCGAGCCCUUCUGUAGAUGACAUCGCGGCCCUAGACUUGAACACUGGAGGCGGCCAAGAACGAGGCAGUACGGCUGUGGAAGCCGAGCCCGCGUCAGAUCCUGGAGGAUGUGGGAAAGGGGGAGGAGAAUUCAUGGUAAAAACCCUAGAGGAAAGCCGAGAAGGAUUUCUUGAUACCGGUGACGGUGAUUCAGCUCGGAAGCCGGAUAUGGAUGUCGGAGAGGAAGGAGAUGUGGCGGGGUCUGAGGAAGUUUCGGACGCAGUUGUUCCUGAAGGGGCUGAGGUUGGGGAGAGUAGCAGCGGGACCGGGAUUGAGCUUUUGGAGGAAGAAGUUGCAGCUUUUGUCAAAAAAGAGCAGGGUGAUAUGGCUAACGAAGUGACGGAGCGUGAUCUGGUUGACGGGUGCUUUCAAGCUACGGAGGUUGGCAAUCUUGGCUCCAGAAGGCAGGAGACGGGAGAUGGACGCAGUGGUGAUCAAGAGUUGAGAGCAGAUGCGCUGGAGACUGGGAACAUGACGGGAAUUGCUGUUGAAGAGGCCAAAGAAGAACGCUUGGGGAGUAUGGCAGAUCUGGGAGGAAACCAGGAGGUGGUUGUGGAGAUUAGAAAUGGAACCGAACCCAUGAAGGAAGAUGAAGCCUUUCCAGAGAAGAAAGCUAGUGCAAUGAGUGAUCAGAGGAGCAGUUAUUUGGUUGAUGGGCAGGCUCAAGUUAUUGAAUGCAAUGUUGGUCCAAGUGAGUUGGUGGCAAGAGAUGAAUUGGGUGGUGAUCAGAAGCUGGAAUUAAAUGUCAAAGAGGCAGGAAGUAUGAUGGGGGCCACAGAAGCAGCAACUAGAGGUACAGUUGGAGCAGUCGAAGUUGAUGGCUUGGAGGGUGAAGAAGCUAAUGAUGGAGGGACAGUUGAUGUCAUGGAGACGGGGAAUAAAACUGAACCCCUGGUAGAAGAUGAACCGUACCUAGAGAAAGAGCAGAGCACAGCAAACAAUGUAAUGGGUCAUGAUAUGGUGGAUGAGCAACUUCAAGCUAAAGAGGGUGUCCUAGAUCCUAAGGGUUUGGAAAUGAAAGAUGGAUUGGGUAGUGGACAGAAAUCUGAAAUUAAUGUGGUGGAUGGAGCAUGUGUGGAGGAGUGUGGGAAAGGAAAUGAACUCGUAAAGGAACAAAUCACUAACCAGAACUUGGAUUGUGAAGUGAGGGACCAAGAUUUGGUUGAAGAACACCUGCAAGCUCCUGAGGAAGAUGUGGGUUCCAUAGCAUUGGAAGCAGAUAAUGAAUUGGGUGGUCAUGAGAUGCUGGAAGCAAAUGUUGGCGGUGCAGGAUUUGGAGUGGGGACUGUUAAAACCCAGGUCCCUGUUGCUCUUGUAAGGGUGGAAGCUGAUAGCUCGGAGGGUAUAGCUGAUCUGGGACUAAUGCAUGUUGGGGUUGCAGAGGUUAGCAAUGGAACUGAACUCACUGAGGAAGGUGUAUGCUGUCCACAGAAGGAUAUGAGUGUGGUUGAUGAGGUAGUGGAACGUGAGGCUGCACAAGGCGCUCUCGGUCCCACCGUGUUGGAGAUGGAAAAUUUUUUGGAUGGCGAUCAGAACCUGGAAGCUGAUGUACUGGAGUUAGGAUGUCUGUUGGGGGCAGCAAAAACUCAGGCGGCUGUUGAUCUUGGAGGGGAGGAAGCUGAUAGAUUGAAGAGUAUAUCAGAUUUGGGACAAGUGCAGCACAAGGUUCCGGAGACUAGUGGAACUGAGCUCACCAGGCAAGAUGUGUCUUGUCUGCAGAAGAACCAGAGCUUGGUGACUGAGAAGGGAGGUCAUGGUUUGGCUGAUGCGAAUCUUCAAGUUUCAGAGGGAGACAGCAGUCAGAACCAGUUUGUAGUUGUGGAGAGUACUGCUGGAACAAAAGACAUGGAUGAGGGGGUUGAUGGGUCUUUGAUGAGCAGUGAUCAAGACAGAAUUCAUGAAGCUUCUGUUUCGCAAGCAUCUUAUGUGGAUACAAAUCAGAAUGACCAGGAAAUAGGCAACGCUAUCCAUGUGGAAGAAACAAAGGAGGUGGAUUCCAUGCCUGUUGAUGAUCCUAUAAUCGAGCAAGCAGAUUAUGCUAUAAAAGAUCCAGACAUGGCCGAUCCAGGUGUAAAGGUAAACAAUCCAGAUUCUAAUCAUGCUCGUGAUGACACAGUGGACAGCGGACAUAUUUUGACAGCAGAAUCAAAAGCAGGCUUGGUUAACAGUGUUGUCCAUGCAGAAGCACUGAAUGCAGAUAAGCAUCCUACUGAUGAGGAUGCAAAGGACAAAAAUAUUAUUACAGCCGAUGGUGGUUCAGUUUUGGAUGUCACAUUUAUGGAAUCAGAAAACAGAGGAACCCAGCUUGUUGAUGAGAAUACCGGUGAUAAAGAAGAUAUUACUACGGCUAAUUCAUGCUCAGAUUUAGAAUCACAGUUUGCAGAGACCUCAGAGUCCUGUCCACUUGGUUCACAGACUUCAGAGACCUGUCCACUUGGUGAAAUGUUAAUGUACAGAAAAGAUUCUGCUCUGAAAGAUUCAAAAUCGGCUGUCACUACUGGUUUACCAAUGGCUUCCAAGCUAUCUGAAAUUCAGACUAUUGUAUCUCAACAAAAGAAAAUUGUUGAAUGUAUUCCUGGCAGGAAUCAAGAGAUAGAACCUCAGUCCAUUGGUUUGUUGGUUGGCAGGAGUGAUGAUGCAAUUGUUCAUGAAGCAGAAUCUUCACCAGGUAUAUGUCAAAAUAUGGACAUGGAAUCCAGUAUUCUCAAAGAUGAAACUUCUCUGCCUGAGGCGUGCCAUGAAAAAGGAGACUUGACUCAAGACUCUGAAGCUGAUAAGAAGACCUCUGUGCUGGUGGAUAGUGUGGCAAAUAUUGGUACUGGUCCAGAUGGUAUUGCUGAGCAAAAUGUGCAAGUUGAUGGACAAGAACAUCCGAAAAUAGCUCACAAGCAAAUUGUGAAAUGUGUUGGAAUAAGGCCCGGGAUUUGCAGUAUUGAAAAUGAUCAGCAUGCUAGCUACUUCCUUCCUCUUCAAGACAAGGAUACUUUUUCCAUGUCUGAUUUGGUCUGGGGUAAAGUAAAGAGCCAUCCUUGGUGGCCUGGCCAAAUUUUUGAUCCUUCAGAUGCAUCAGACUUGGCAAUGAAAUAUCAGAAGAAGGACAACUUCCUCGUAGCAUAUUUUGGAGACAAAACUUUUGCCUGGUGCGAAGAACCUCAGCUGAAGCCUUUCGAGACGUAUUUCUCACAGAUGGAAAAACAAAGCAGUUCAGAUACAUUUGUAAAUGCUGUCAAUGAUGCACUGGGUGAAGUCUCUAGGCGGACAGAAUUGGGAAUGACCUGUUUUUGUCUGCCUGAAGGAGCUUAUGCUGACAUUAAGUAUCAGAUGGUUGAGAAUGCUGGUAUACGAGACGGGGUUAGUAGCUCUGCUUUUGACAGGUCUCUGGUUGUCGAUUAUUUUCAGCCUGACAGACUUCUUGAGUAUAUUGAAGCCUUGGCUCAAUUACCAAGCGGAGGUGCGAACAGACUUGAGCUUGUGAUAGCUCAGGCUCAGCUGAAAGCCUUUUAUCGAUCAAAGGGGUAUCCUGAACUUCCUGUAUUCCAAAUUGGUGGAGGAUUGAUGGAGAAUGAUGCUGAGGUCUCACCCUCUGAUAGUAAAUUAGUUGGGGAAGAUACCAUUGAGCACUCAACUCCUACUCCCAUGGAACUAAAUCUUGGGAAGCGCAAGAGAGGCAGAGGGAGGCCCUCCAAUAGAGAAAAACAUAUGAUGGAGGAUGCUAAAAAACAGAAAAAUUUAUCUGAGCUGAUGGAAGAAAGUGUUGUCUCUCCUUUUGCAAAUGAUGGCAAAAUUGAAUUUGCGGUAAAAGUUGACGGUGAUUCGAUUUUACCAUCUUCUGGAAAGAAACACAAGGUCAUUGAUUUUGAUUCUGAUUACUCAGAGAAAAGUAAGAAAAAACGGCUUGAUUCCUUAGGAGAUUUGUCUACCAAGUCACCAUCUCCAACUCCUAGUAGUUCUUUCAAGAUUGGAGAAUGUAUCCGUCGAGUUGCAAGCCAGCUGACUGGGUCUCGACCUAUCCUUAAGUGCCAUGGUGAAACAUUUCAGAAUAAUGUUUCCAAGGCUGAGCAUAGAAGAUUUGAUGUUGAUACUGAGGCGUCUGCUCACACUGCUGUGGAGAACCCAAGAAUAAAGGUAGGCAUAUCAGAGGACUGUUCCUCCCCAGAUGAAAUGCUGCCACAGCUGUGCUUAGCUGCAAGGGAUCCUAUGAAGGGAUACAGUUUUCUGUCAAUGAUAGUCAGUUUCUUCACUGAUUUCAGAAAUUUUUGUGUUUCAAGUUCUAUGGAAAAGAAGCAUGUUCAGAAAAGUGGAGGUAAAAGGGGUAGGAAAAGAAAAGUCAGCUCUCACUCACCUUCUUCUGAUAUGUCGACACCUGAUCAUAUGCAGGACUCUUAUUGGUCUGACAUGAUAUACCAUAACAGCUCCACAAAUGAUCUUAAAAGGAAAGGAGAUGCUCACAUGCGGAGCCAAAGGAAAAGGAGGAAAUCUGGAGGGGAAACAUCAAUCUCUUUGUCAUUAGACUGUGUGUUGGGUACUGCACAACAUUUGCAGGUUGGAACGAUCAGUCCUAAAAUGAAACAAGCAUCGACAACAGAAAGAUCGGUAAUCAGUUUGGAAGAAAAAAUUGUGGACGAGCGUACACCAACUGCAUUGAUUUUGAGCUUUAAUGGAUCAAGUUCUUUACCUUCUGAAAUGGAUCUCAUUAGGAUUUUCAGUUGCUAUGGGCCCCUGAAGGAAGCAGAAACAGAAGUUCAAAGGAAGACAAAUCAUGUCAAAGUAGUCUUCAAGAAACGUGCUGAUGCUGAAAUAGCUUUCCGUAGUGCAGGAAAAUAUAGCAUUUUUGGGCCAGCCCUUGUUAGCUAUCGUCUUAGAUACUUGCCAUCAACACCUAGUGCUUCUCCAAACACCACAUCACAAGGCAAAAAUGAUGCAGGAGCAAUUGAAUGUGGCAAAUUAGUGGUUCCAGGUGAUGCUUCUCCAAAUACUAUAUCUGGCAAACAUGAUGCAGUACCCCUUGAAGGCGGCAACUCAGAGGUUCCAGGUGAUGCUUCUCCAAAUACCACACCACAAGGCGAAAAUGAUGCAGUAUCCAUUGAAGGUGGCAACUCAGAGAUUCCAGGUGAUGCUUCACCAAAUACCACACCACAAAUCAAAAACGAUGCAGUACUCAUUGAAGGUGGCAACUUAGAGGUUCCAGGUGAUGUUUCCCCAAAUACCACACCACAAGACAAAAAUGAUGCAGUGCCCACUGAAGGUGGCAAUUUAGAGUUUCCAGAUAGUUCUCCAAAUAUCAUACUGCAUAAUGAAAAUGAUGCAGUACGCAUUGAAGGUGGCAACAUAGACGUUCCAGGUAGAACUUCUGCAGAUCCUACACAACAAGAUAAAAAUGAUGCAGUACCCGCUGAAGGUGGCAACUUAGAGGUCCCAGAUGAUAUUUAUCCAAAUACCACACAAGAAAAAAAUAAUUCAGCACCAAUCGAAGAUGGCAGCUUAGAGGUUCCAGGCAUUACUUCUCCAAAUAAUUCCACACAAGAUAAAAAUGAUGCAGCACCAAUUGAAUAUGGCAGCUUAGAGGUCCCAUCUAAUACUUCUCCAAGUACUGCCACACGAGGCAAAAAUGAUGCAGCACCUACUGAAGAUGGCAGCUUAGAGAUUCCAGGCAACAGUUAUCCUAAUACUGCCACACAAGACAAAAAUGAUGCAGUACCCACUGAAGGUGUCAACUUAGAGGUCCCAGAUAAAGCAGAAAAUGGAGUUGCGCCAGAUACUAUGCAAGAUGAAGUUGGGGACAAAGGAUCAGUUGUUAGGGCUGUUCAGGCUUUGAUUCGAUAGUGGAAUUGCAGGCGGGAGUAUGUGAUAAUUCAUCACACUGAUAUUUUUGUACUAUGUUGAAUCAUAUGGUUCAAUUCUCAUUGAUUUGAAGAUUUAUAGGUUGGAAAGGUAGAGUUGCCGAGUAUUGCUCGAUCCUUGUGUAACCUUCUUUUUGUUGCUUUGAUUCUUUUGGAGCUCCACUUGUUGACUGCGAAGGUCUGGUUGCCGUAAUUGCUAAUGUGAAUGUAUAUGCUCAGUCUUCUCUUAAUUUGUGGCUUGUAAACUUGGUCGUUGUUAUAACCAUCUUCUUUUCCUGCGUUC